CAGCCCUGUCGAUAUUGAUAAAAUUCGAUGACGCGAUUGCAGACGAAAAGAAAAUUAUCUAUUUUUUAUAAAAAAAAUUUGUGUUGACAGUUUAAAAACAGUAAAACGAAAACAUAAAUAUUGUGGAAAAAAUGUCGGAUCCUUUGCAAGAUCCUCCGGUGACCCCACAUAUAGCACAGCUAAAAUUUGCUAAAUUACACAGUCCCAAAAUGAAAAGUGUGUACUGGCGUCAUUUUGGAUUUCCGACAAAUGAAGACAACUGCAUAAUAACAAAACAAAAUGUAGUUUGCCUUAUUUGUCAUAAGGUUUUAACUAAUCACGGCAAUACCACCAAUCUACGUGCUCAUCUGCAAUAUCGUCACAAGGAGGUUUUCAAUCAAAUCAUACAAGACAACGGAAUACAGGUGCCACCGCGUAAGCCACAAACAAAAAUGUCACUUAAUGGCAGUGGGGCGGGCGGCAUGAAAAUCAAACGUGAACCGGUCGAUAAGAAACCGAAAAUUAAAGUUGAAUAUCAUAACUCGAUGAUGCAGCAGCAUGACACCUAUUCGAAUGAUGCCUCUGUAAGCGGCAACGAUGACCAUUCGAUAUUGUAUGAAACCGUGGUGCCGAUGACUUAUGAAGACGAUGACAUAGUGGACAGUAAUCAUUUUACAAAAAUCGAAGUUAGCAGUGCCAACGAUGUCAAACCAACUUGUAGUGAUUUGCUACAGGUGGGUGGCAGUAGUAGUAAUCGUAAUGUGGAACGGAAAUAUCGCAUUAGUACUGUCAAUAAUAUGUCCACAGAUUUGGCAACAAUAGAUAAUUAUCAAUUGCAAGAGGCGCUAACAAAUCUGGUGGUCGAUGACUUACGAAAUGUGGAGAGUUUAUUUGAUGCCAGCAUGUCGAAAUUUAUUCGAACUAUAUGUGGUAAUGUGUCCAUACCUUCAGCGAAAAAGAUAGAAUUGUAUAUAAAAGAAUUGCACAGUGAUAAAUAUACCACUCUAACGGAUCAAAUAAAAGUUCAUUCACAAAUUAAACCCUAUUCAUUGGGUUUCGAACUUUGGUCUAAUGUGGAACAGAAAAACUUUCUAUCAAUAUUUUUUAACUAUACCACAGAUGCACCCUAUAAUUUGGUAAAUCAGAUCUAUUGUACCAUAGAAUAUAAUAAAUUUACCGCAAUUGAUACAAUAUUUGAAGAGUUUAAUUUACAAAAUUGUACAGCGGCCAUAAAUUGUGAUGAUUAUUAUUUAAAGCAUUUUCUGGACGGAAAGGUAAGAUUGAAUAUACCCAUUAUCUACUCGUAUGAUACAAUUGUUAAUCAUUGUAUUAAAAAUGUUAUAGCAUUACCAGCUGUAGCCUCUAUUAUUGAGGAAAUCAAAGAUACUAUAAUGCGUUAUAAUGUGGAAAUUAACUCCAAGGAAGUGAAAUUCCCCCCCCUAAAUGAUGACUUCCCAUGGACUUAUUAUGAGUUACUAAAGUUUUUUGGAACUUUAUUUUGGCCUGAGGAAUUAGAAGUUUUAGUAGCCUCGGCUAAAGGUCUUUAUGAUAUACUAAGUACACUUUCUGUGACUUUGGAUACAUUAAAGGGUGAAGAUAUACCACUGAGUAGUAUGUUGUCACCGAUUACAUCUAAGGUUUUAAACAAAAAGCUGGCCAUACAUGAAAGUGAUGACAAUUUUGUGGAAAUUAUUAAAAACACCAUCAGUAAUACACUUCAUAAAUUGGUCUUAUCGGAUAAUCACUUAACCAUUUCAGCAUUAUUAGAUCCUAGAUUUCAUCGUUUAAUAAACAUCAACAAUUUAAAUAAUUGCAUUAAAAUUUUAACCAGCAAAUACGAUAAGAUUACAGAAUCACAAGGUAUAUCGCCAAGUAUUUCUUCACCCAGAUCCACACAAAAUCGAGUAAAAUCUACAAAUACCAAUAAUGCAGUAAAAAAAUCUAAUUUAGAAUUAUUUUUCGAUUUAACUGAAACUCCAGUGGAACAGCCAGUCACGACCUUGCCCAAUAGUGUAGAAAACGACUUGAAACGUUAUCGCACCGAUGUCUACUGCAGCCUCGAUGAAUCGCCCUUUUUGUGGUGGAAUCGUAUGGGUCAUAUGUAUGGCUCUUUAAAACAUUUAGCCCAUCAGUAUCAAUGUGUGCCAUGUGUGGUUAAUAUGAACUAUAGGAAAAAUAUAAAAGAACAAAUUUUAGACAGUCAAAAACGUUACAUGUUAACUGGCAAUCUUAUAGAUGCCAUAUUAUUUUUGCAUUAUAAUUGAGUAGUAAACAUUUAAUAUAUUAUUAGAUAUUUUCUUAUGUAAGAAUUUUUAGUUUUAAGUUUGUUUUUGACCAUUUGAAUGAGGAAUACAUGCUAACAAAUACAUAUGAUUAGUUUAUGUACGGCUGCUUAUUAGUAUGUAUGAUGGUUUCUUAGUUUUAAUACAGAUAUUGUCCAUAUUUUUAAAUAAAAAUUCUAAUUAAAUUUGAAGAAAAAUAUA